ACGACAAAAUGACAUCAUUGACAAUGAUUAUAAAAUUAAGAGGGGAUUAAUUUAUUAUUUGCGUAUUUUAAUUAAUAUUUUUUAUGUUAUUUAUAUCAAGUUAAUAAUUAGUUAUUAAUAUUGCAAAUUGUAGAUAAUUUUUUUUGUCUUUUUUUUAACCAGCAGACGACGUGACGGCUCAGGAGCAAAAUGGCCGUCCGCGAAUUACAACAAACUCGUUUUCGUCUCAAGUUGUACACACUUGUCUCUCUAAAUAUUUUAAAAUAAUUAUUAUUUUUAAUUAAUAAUAUUGUCAUAACAAUUAUUAAAGUCGUGUAUCAGUGAUUCAAGCUGUCUUUUUAUUUAUUUUUAUUUAUUUUUUUAACAAACGUCAGUCAAAAAAAUAAAUAAAUAAAUAUUCAAUCUUUAAUACUUUGUUUUAAAAAUAAAUAUUUAUGCAAUUUGAGUUUUUUUUUUUUUUAUGUCAAGUGAGAAAUAUCUGAUGGCGGUCAACUAAAUAUCAAAGCCAAUUGUUGGCAUUUUAUUAAUUCACUAUUGCUCAAUUUAAUUGAGUAAAAAUUAAUAUAAUUUUUUUUUUUUUUUGCUGACUAUUACUAUUGAGGAUAUUGAAGAUUUAAAAAAUUACGAAAAUUAAUAUUAUCGUGGAAAUUGUUGUUUUACAACAAGGAUCAUGAAAAUGGUUUUGUCACAACGGCAGAGGGAGGAGUUAAAUAAGGCGAUUGCGGAUUAUCUUAGUAGCAGUGGUUAUCAGGAUGCACUUGAGGCAUUUAAAAAAGAGGCUGAUAUGCCUGGUGAAGUUGAACGUAAAUAUGGUGGUCUUUUGGAAAAAAAAUGGACAUCAGUUAUAAGACUCCAAAAAAAGGUAAUGGAAUUAGAGUCAAAAUUAUCAGAAGCUGAAAAAGAAUUUAUUGAAGGUGCACCAACACGUGGUAAACGUUCAUCAACUGAAUGGAUACCAAGACCACCAGAAAAACAUUCAUUAGCUGGUCAUCGAGCACCAAUAAAUAGAGUUGUUUUUCAUCCUGUAUUUAGCCUUAUUGUAUCAGCAAGUGAAGAUGCAACAAUUAAGGUAUGGGAUUUUGAAAGUGGUGAUUUUGAACGUACACUAAAAGGACAUACAGAAAGUGUACAAGAUGUUGCAUUUGAUUUAUCUGGUAAAUUAUUGGCAUCAUGCAGUGCUGAUAUGUCAAUAAAAUUAUGGGAUUUUCAUCAAUCAUUUGCAUGUGUUAAAACAAUGAAUGGACAUGAUCAUAAUGUUAAUUCUGUUGCAUUUGUACCACAAGGUGAUUUUAUUGUAAGUGCAUCACGUGAUAAAACAAUAAAAAUAUGGGAAGUAUCAACUGGUUAUUGUGUUAAAACAUUAACUGGACAUAGAGAAUGGGUUAGAAUGGCUAGAAUUAGUCCAUGUGGUGAACUUAUUGCAAGUUGUUCAAAUGAUCAGACAAUUCGUAUUUGGCAUAUGGCAACAAAAGAUACCAAAGUUGAAUUACGAGAUCAUGAUCAUGUUGUUGAAUGCAUUGCAUGGGCACCAGAAACAUCAAGAGCAGCAAUAAAUGCUGCUGCUGGUGCUGAUAAUAAAGGUGCACAUGAAGGACCAUUUUUAGCAUCUGGUUCACGUGAUAAAACAAUACGUGUUUGGGAUGUAACUGCUGGUGUUUGUUUAUUUAUACUUAAUGGACAUGAUAAUUGGGUACGUGGUAUUGUUUUUCAUCCUGGUGGUAAAUUUAUUGUCAGUGUAUCUGAUGAUAAAACAAUUCGUGUAUGGGAUACACGUAAUAAACGUUCAAUGAAAACACUUGAAGCCCAUACACAUUUCUGUACAUCUGUUGAUUUUCACAAACAUCAUCCUUAUGUGGUAACUGGCAGCGUUGAUCAGACUGUGAAAAUUUGGGAAUGUCGCUAGUCACCGAGCUUUUGAGUAAAAUAUUUUUUUUUUUUUUUUUUUUUAAUUUCUUUCAUUUUUUUUUCUUUUAUAUAUUGGCUUUGUCAUCGCAAUAUUUUUUUAAUUUUUUUUUUUUUUUUUUCGAUAAAAAAUAACAGUUUUACAAUAUUCGACGAUACAAUUCGUGUAGAAAGUGUAUUAGUAUAUAAAAAAAAAAUUAUAAUAAUAAUUAAUAAUUAAUAAUUUCACAUGAAAAAAAAAUAUAUAUAAUAAUAAUAAUAUUGAGGUUCCACUUUGAAUUGUUGAAUCGAAUAAACAGCUAAAAAUUAUUAUAAAAAAUAUAAAAAUAAACAAAAGCUAUCGUAAUUGCAAUUAACUUAUGAUUAUUCAAUGAAAAUUAAUAAGAGAAAUUAAAAAAAAAAAAACAAAGGAAAAAAAAAAUCACAUAAACACAUACAAAGUUAAGAGCUCUUUAAUUAAUUUAUAAUCACAUAUAGUUGAUAAUUAUAUUCGAUAUGGUAUAAAAACAAAAUAAUAUCAUAAAUGAGAAGAAAAAAAAAUAAGUUUGAUGAUUUUUCAAAAGAAAUAAAUUGUCGAAAUUAAAUAAACAACAAAUGAGGAAUUUGAAGAAAAAAAAAAAAAAAACAUUUAAUGAUAAGGGAUAUUUCGGGGAGGACCUGAAAAAAUUUGUGGGAUUUAUUUUGAUAUAAUUUUUUUGUUUAUUUAACAAUUACAAUUAAUUUGUAGUUUUUUUUUUUUCCAUAAUACAAAAAAAUUCUGUAUAUAAUUCUAGUUUAAAAAAAAAAAAAUUAACAAAAUCAUUAAUUGAUUUUGUAUAUGGCCACAAAUAACGGUAAUAUUUUUUAUUUUAUAUUUUACGUUUAUACAAUUUGCUCUUAAAUCUUUCCUCUCUCCUUCUUCAACCGAAUUUAAUUCAACAAUAUAAAUAAUAUUGAUAAAAAAAAAAAACCGAGUGAUGAUUGAUGUCCAAUUGUCCUCCU